CCCGCGUGGCCUUCGCACCGAGUGCUUGGGAGAGGCGGCCACGCAGUUCCCGGCUGUGCGGCUGAGGCGAGUUCUUCAGACCCUUGUGAGUGGGAGCGUGGGGUUGGUCCCCCAGCUGGAGAAGGUUGUGAGCAGUGGCGAUGGCACUGGCAGUGCUGCGUGACUGGUGCAGGUGGAUGGGCGUGAAUGAGCAGCGCUCGCUGCUCAUCCUGGGCAUUCCCGACGACUGUGAGGACCAGGAAUUCCAGGAGGCCGUGCAGGCUGCCCUCCAGCCCCUGGGCAGAUACCGAGUGCUGGGCAAGGUGUUCAGAAAGGAGUUCAGAUCCAAGGUCGCCUUGGUGGAGAUGGCUCAGUAUUUAAACCGAAGUGUGAUCCCCCGACAAAUACCAGGCAUGGGAGGACCCUGGACUGUGGUCUUUCUGCCCCAGGCCCCGGAAUCAGAGUCAGAGGAUACACUCAAUUUCCUUGCACAGACCCAGAGGCAAGCAGGGGUUGCCCUGGCAGGCGAGGCAGGAGCUGGAGGCAAGGAAGGGGCUGGAGGUGAGGCAGGAGCUGGAGGUGAGGAAGGAACUGGAGGGGAGGCAGCGGCUGGAGGCGGGGCAGGAGCUGGAGGCGGGGUAGUGGCUGGAGGUGAGGCAGGAGCUGGAGGUGAGGAAGGAACUGGAGGCAAGUCAGCGGCUGGAGGUGAGGCAGGAGCUGGAGGUGAGGAAGGAACUGGAGGGGAGGCAGCGGCUGGGGGCGGGGCAGGAGCUGGAGGCGGGUCAGAUGAGGAGGGAGCCGCUGGGGACACAGGAGUUGCAGGUUGGUUAGGAUCUGUGAGUGUGGCAGGAGCUGCAGGUGAGGCGGGACCUCCAGGUGAGGAAGGAGCUGUGGGUGUGGCAGGAGCCAUAGUUGCGGGAAGAUCCUGGACCCAGCCUUGGAGCCCGGCCUGGCAGCCUGUGCUGGAAAACAGGGCCUCUAUGGAACUGAGAACCUUUCCUGGAAUGGAAGAGCCACACCGAGCAGAAGAGUCCUUUGAGAGCUGGCUGGAUCACGCCAGCGACAUGCUGUACCUGUGGUGCCACAUCACAGAAAGGGAGAGGAGGAGGAGGCUGAUGGAGAGCUUGGGUGGCCCCGCACUGGAUCUGGUGUGCGGCCUCCUGGCAGAAAACCCUGACGUCCCUGCGCAGGAUUGCCUGGCCGCGCUGGUCCAGGUGUUUGGGAGGAAGGACACCCCCACGACCGCACGGCUGAAGUUCCUGACCUGUGGCCAGCGGCCCCAGGAGACUCUCUUUGUCUAUGUGAUUCGCCUGGAAGGCCUGCUGCAGUCGGCCGUGGAGAAGGGGGCCAUCCAUCCCAGCCUUGCGGACCAGUUACGCACCCGGCAGGUGCUGACGCGGGCCCGCCCCAACGAGAUGCUCGAGAACAAGCUGAGGAGGAUGCGGCUGGACAGGAGACCACCUGGCUUCCUGGGGAUGCUGCGGCUCAUUCAGGAGACCGAGGCAUGGGAGGCCACCGCAGCUAGGAGUGAGCACUUGCAAGUGGAAGAGGGGGCCCGUGUGGGCACCGGAGGCCUGGCCGCUGCCCGGGCCAGUGGAGAGGUUGCCGAAGCCUCCCCAGCCAGGGAAGAUGCUUCCCAGGCUGCCCUGGCCAACCUGGGGGCCAGUGAGGCAGUUCCUGGCAGUGCCGAAGCUGAUACGGCUGCUCCUGAAGCCCAUGAUGCCGCCAGGGCAGCCCUCGUCCCUGAGGAGGCCCCCAAGAUCUUCCCUGCCACGCAGGAAGAUGAAAAUGCUCCCGCCUCUGCGGGCCUAGAUCAGGCAAAGCCCUCAGAGGCCCCUGGGGGCCUCACCCCUGCCCAGAUGGGCAGCGCUUCCAGGCAAGGCCCGGGAGGUCCUGGCUGUGAGCCGGAGGGCCUCGCCCAGGCAGGAGACCAGGAGGCUGGGGAGCCCCUGGAGGAGGGGCCCAAGCCCAUCCCAGAGGAGUCGGGAAACGAGGAUGGGGCUGGGGAGGUGAGGCCCCCCAAGUCCUCCUCGGGCAAAUAGGCUCAGAAGGCCCAGGGGCCCCUCUCCUCUCAGGCAGCAGUGCUCUGGAGGCAGGGGGAGGCCACGCCAGGGCAGCAGCCUCUCCCCACAUGGAGGCAACAACCCACCCAGCCCAAAUUCCCAGGACCCCAUCUUCCCAAGGCACCACCAUGCCUUGGUGACCCCGUGGCCACCACCAUCAGCCCUUCCAACGGACCAGGAUGACCAUACUUGAUGCAGAGUGGGGCAGGGAGAGGUGCCCCCUCCCAUGGCAGCUCCACCCCAGCCCCAGCCCCAGCCCCAGCCCGAAACCCUGCCAGUCCAGGCAGCCAGCCUGGGAAGCACCCCUGAGUGGCUGGCCCUAGCCUAGGUGAGGGGCACCUGAAAAUGUCUGCCACCCACACUGGCCUGGGAGAUGUUAGGGGCCGUCUCAAGGGUGCCGGCCCCUCAGGCCGCCCAAGAGGGGGACCCUCGUUCACUGACCCGUGGAGCACGCCACUCCACGCUCUGAGAAGCCCACUUGUGCCUCUGUAGGCCCCUUAGUGGCCCCCGUGUCAAGUGACACCCCCAGCUCCCCCUACACGCACCCUAGUUACCAUUCCCGUGCAGAGCCUUGAGGUGUGCAGGAGCCCGCGGCGGGUGUCCUGGCCUAACACAGCAGCCACCUCUCAGCCCCGGGUGUGUGGCACGAGCUUCAGUGCGAGCCCAGGCUCUGCUCGCUGUCGUCCGGUGUCGUGAGCUCAGCCUCUGCUUCCUCGGUGUAGAUUUAGGCCAACUGCUGCUUGUUCUUGUGGAGAUGUGUGUGUGUUCUUAUCUGAGCAGCCGCCCCCACCCCACCCCAGAGACCUCUCGAGCCCAAUCCCAGGAGAUGGCGGGAAGGACAGAAGAGAGCAUGGCUGGUGCUCACCCCGUGACCUCAGGAAGGAGGAACUGGACCAAGGACAGAGGUGGCCUGUGGGAGUCUCCACGGAAACCGUGCUCUGAUGUGCCAUUCUCUUGUUACUUGUGACUCAGUUUCUUCGGCCUGUCUGAGUACCCCGUGCUGCAUUUUCCAGCAUCCUGUGACUGUCCUGUGCAGGCCAUAGGGCAGGGCCAGGCCCCAGCAUGUCGGCCAGAGGGGAGAGUGCCAUGGAGUGAGGGGCCAUGGCCAGCGUCCAUCAUCCUGGCCAGAGGCCGAUCGUGGGGCCCUCAGGAAGGGAGACUAUGGCGGGAGGGCCAUGGUGUUGGUGGGAACAGGGGCACCUCAUUUGGGACCCCAAGAGGAGGGGCGCUGUGACCUGUGGGCUGUAGUGGUUGUUCGGCGUUCCUCUCUGUGUUGUCACUCCUUCUCUUCAAUGGUUUCAGCAAAUGUUUCUGUUCAAUAAAGUUCAUUGAAUGUU